UACCAGUGCGGCCAAUCAAUUUCAGUGACAGUUCAGUUGUCAACAGCUCUCAUAUGGCCUCCAAUUUUUAGUAUAGGAAAUAAAUAAGGAAAUUGCAUUAAACAGUUUUAAGUACGUUUUCGGUGCAGAGCUGUGAUAAUGGCCGCUGUUUUCCGUGUGGGCAUUGUGCGUCUAUGUGGCCGUAAUGCUAGCCCUGCAUUGCUGAACACGCAAGCUGCUUCACCAAUGGCUUUGACGCAAAAGGCUUCUAUCAUGGGUAAAUCUAUGCGUGGUGGUCCACGGGUGCCUAAAGAAUCCCCAUAUCCCUACAAAGAGAAACGAUACACUGUGCUGAAUUCGUUUUUCGAUAAAACAUCAAAACGUAUGGAUGAGAACUCUAAAGUCAUAUGUGUUGAAGGGCCGAUCGGUGCAGGCAAAAGCAAGUUUGCUAAAGAAUUGGCAGAUGAAUUGGAAAUGUGUUAUUUUCCAGAAGUCAACAUGGACUUGAUUUACAUCAAUUCCUACGGCUACGAUAUGCGCAAGCUAGACCCUCAAUUACCUGAACUCUGUCGUUCUUAUGAUGUGUCUAACUUUUGCCGUGAACCCAAUCAUCCUUUGGCUGCCCAGUUCCAAAUCCGCAUGUACAUGUUGAGAUAUUCACAAUAUAUAGAUGCCUUACAACAUGUGCUUUCUACCGGCCAAGGUGUAGUUUUGGAUCGAAGCUGCUAUUCGGACUUUGUGUUCUUGGAAGCAAUGUAUAAGAACGGUUAUAUUUCGCGUGGUGCCCACUCCGUAUAUUAUGAAAUUCGCCAAAAUACAAUUGAUGAACUACUGAAACCGCAUUUGGUAAUCUACUUGGACUGCCCUGUCGAAGCUGUUAAGCAACGCAUCAAAGCUCGUAAUAUUGACUACGAAGUUAAUUCGAAGGUUUUCACUGAUACCUACCUAAAGGAUGUUGAAACGUUUUAUAAACAACAUUUCCUUAAGGAUAUAAGUAGCCAUGCUGAAAUCCUGGUUUACGAUUGGACUGCUGGUGGUGAGACCGAAGUUGUGGUUGAAGAUAUCGAACGAAUUGAUUUCGGACAGUUCGAAGUUGAUCACCACAAUAAAAAAAUGAAGGAUUGGCGUUUCCCACUGGAAGCUGAGUGGUGUGAAGCCCGUAUUAAAUACUGUAACGAAAAAAGCACUUUGAUGAACUAUUUUAAUGUGCCACGUUACGACGUACCAGAACUGGUGCGCGAUGCGGAUAGCAGCAAAGUUUGGCGCGAUGUGUGGUUCAACGCUCCUGGCAUGAAAUAUCGCCCUGGUUACAAUGAAGAUAUGGGUGACACUGGUUUAUUAACCAAAACAACAAUUGGCCUCAAUCGACCAUUAUAAGCAGUCUUCAAUUAUUUGUUUAGUAAAAUUUGAAUAAAAAGAAAAUAACGGAAUGAAAAGCUGUAUUAAGAAUUGAAAUGAUGUGAAGUUAAGUGAAAUAAAAAGGUAAAUGAAUGCAAAUAACUAAAAGCUAUUUGCAUACACAUAUAGAAGUAUA